UGAGCUCUGUGCCUGUGCAGUUAGCAGAAGGAGCUGCAAAACUAACGUCUGGGGGUACAUGACAUCAAAAGCCGGGGAAAGUGGUACAUCUGAAGCAUCAUCUCCAUUUAAAAGUGGAACAUGGCCAAUGUGGAGACACUGAAUGAAAUGGCCCAGCUGGAGCGGUCGAGAUUUGGCCGACCCCCACCAAGACACGGACUCAAACUGCUGCACUGGUUUGCCAAUGAUUGUGUAACUUUUGAUAGAAACAAUGAUAUGGUUUCACAGUGUGACCCCGAGGGCGAGGAAUAUGGUUUCCACUAUUUUGGGAACAGAUAUGACAGAAAUGGCAUAAAACUCCUGCCAGAUGUGAACUUCCCCUACUAUGUGGUGGGCAAUCUCAAUUCAGAAGGAUCACAUGAGCUGCCUGGUUACGUCUCUGGAGAGUACACUGACCUCAAAGAUGACAGUAACACAGACCGCAUAAUUGUCAGCCUCGACAAUGACUGGUUCGAUAAAGUUUACAUCACCACACACACUGACGAGUCAAACUAUGACCCAGAUAACACCUAUCGCAUCACCAAGGGCCUACUCAAGAUUAUCAGUCGGCUGAGCUUGGACGAGUUUCUGUGUCAGACAGGGUAUUAUAACAAGCCGAGGAAUAGAAUCACACCAAUGAACAUUCAUCACCCAUCAGCACCAACUUGCACCGACUUUUUCUGCGUUAUUAUUAUUAUUAUUAUUAUUAUCAUUAUUAUUAUUGUCUACAAAUUGAAUGUGUGAAAUAUCUCGCUAGUAUUUUUAUAGAUUUCUGUACCGCUGAAUGGUAAGGAGGUGGACGCAAGUACAGAGAAAAGCGAGAUUUAUUAGGGGCAAAUCCAAAGUCAAGGUCGUUAAGGUAGUCCAGGGUCAGUUUACCAAACGAAGAGCAUGAGGAUACAUGACAAGACCAAGGGCUAAUAAAUGUCUGUCUACGUAAAGAGAGCCUGUGUGUCUUGCUUCUCGCCCUGCGACACUUGGGCCGUUACAUAUUCCGUUAAACAGUUUCUGUUUCUCAAAGUGAUUUUUAAUUUCAAAAGUCAAUGAACAAAUAAUUAACUUUGUAUCAACACACAGCAUUCCAAGUGGAACAACAAUUUGCUAUGCUUCUAACUAUGUUGUUUCAAUAUAAGGUGUAUUAAUAGCUUUGUUGUCACUAAUGACAAGUUUGAUUCCUGUGUAUCCUAGUCACACCACUGGCUGUGACAGAGAAAUAGACAUAUCUCUGAAUCAAUAGAAUGUAUGGCAGACACUUUGUUACCAGCAUAUCUUCCUUUUUCAAUGGUGCUAAAAACAUUUUCACAUAAAUUUAGUGAUCUAUAUGGAGGUUUAAGCUCUUGGGCCAGAAGGUCAACAGCAAAUUCAGAAUGUGCAGCAGAGGAGAGGAAACCCUUAGCCAUAUUAUUGAUGGCUGAACAGUGCUGGAACCUAUGGAGUACAUGAAGAGGCACAAAAAAAUGAUGAUUAAUGAACAAAUACUAAAUAUAAUCUUACUUAUGAAGCUAAUUUCAAAUGUUUUUUGUAUCAAUCAUUGUAAUAUUUAGGGCAAGUUUUUUAAGGCAAAUAUUUUUAUCCAAAGUGACUUACAAUUAUGACUGAGUACAACUUGAA